AGAAGUUCAUGGUGAGAGGAGGCCUUCAGAGAUCUGAAGCCCAGUGGAGGGAAGCUGUGUCCCACUGAGCUGGCAUUGCAACAGGAGGACUCAUUGACAAGGAGCCUUUGUUGGAAGAGAUGGUGAUGGUCCUGAGCCCCCUGUUUUUGCUCUUCAUGCUGGGACUGAGUCUGACCCCACUGACCCUGGCUAAAGAUGACCGCAGAUACAAACACUUCCUGACCCAGCACUAUGAUCGCAGUCCAAAGGGCCGGGAUAACAAAUACUGUGAAAUGAUGAUGGAGAAACGACACCUGACCAAACCUUGCAAAGACAUCAACACCUUUGUUCAUGGCAACAAGAAUGACAUCAAGGACAUCUGUAAAGAUAAGAAUGGAAAACCUUACAGAGGCAAUCUCAGAAUAAGCAAGUCUCCCUUCCAGGUUACCAUUUGCAAGCAUAAAGGAGGGUCCACCCGGCCUCCAUGCCAUUACAAAGCCACCAAAGACUACAGAGUCAUCGUUAUUGGCUGUGAAAAGGGCUUGCCCGUCCACUUUGAUGAGUCCUUUGUCCCUCCACGCAAGUAGUCGAGAGCUGGCUCUGCCUUCCUUCAUAGCAUUUCCCCCUUACACCGCAGCAACAUUCAUCGCUAGGAAUCCAGAAAAUGAGCUGCUGACCUUUUUUUUUCUGCUUUAGAAUAUACUUCAUUAAUAAAAAUGUCUCUGAGUCUUCUCACUGA